AUGUUCUCCACCAACUUCAUCACCUUUGUCUGCAUUGCCGUCGCCGGCUCGUCCGUCAUGGCUGGUCCUACCCUGUACAAGCGCGAUACCCCCUCUCCCGCCCUGGCGGCGCGUGUGCCUCAGUUCUCCGUCAACAUCCCGAACAACAUCCCCGUCUCGGGCGCGUUCCCGAAUGGCAUCACCAUCACUCCCGGUACUCCCUCGGGCAGCAUCGUCACGGGCGCUCAGAACUCGACGCUCUUUGGCCAGUUCGGCUUCAAGCGCGACGGUGCCACUCCCGCCCUGGCGGCGCGCGAGCCUCAGUUCUCCCUCAACAUCCCAAACAACAUCCCCGUUUCGGGCGCGUUCCCGAAUGGCAUCACCAUCACUCCUGGAAUCCCGAGUGGUAGCAUCGUCACCAGCAACCGCAACGGCACAUUCCCGUUCAACCUCUUCGGUCGCGAUGAGGCGACACCGGUUCUCGCUGCCCGUGAACCGCAGUUCUCGGUGAACAUCCCCAACAACAUCCCCGUCUCCGGAUCCUUCCCCAACGGUAUCACGGUCGUCCCUCAGACCCCCUCGGGAAGCAUCGUGACGAGCAACCGCAACUCGACCUUCCCGUUCAACCUCUUCGGUCGUGAUGAGGCUACUCCAGUUCUUGCUGCCCGUGAGCCGCAGUUCUCGGUGAACAUCCCCAACACCAUCCCGGUCAGCGGCGCAUUCCCGAACGGCAUCACCAUCACUCCUGGUACUCCGAGUGGCAGCAUUGUCACCGGCGCUCAGAACUCGACGCUCUUUGGACAGUUCGGCUUCAAGCGCGAGGACGCGACGCCUGCUCUUGCAGCCCGCGAGCCGCAGUUCAGCGUCAACAUCCCCAACAACAUCCCUGUCAGCGGUAGCUUCCCGAACGGCAUCACUGUCAUCCCUCAGACUCCUUCGGGCAGUAUCGUCACCAGCAACCGCAACGGCACGUUCCCGUUCAACCUCUUUGGACGCGAUGAGGCUACUCCCGUCCUUGCUGCUCGCGAGCCGGCGUUCUCUGUCAACAUCCCUAACAACAUUCCGGUUAGCGGUAACUUCCCGAACGGCAUCAACAUCAUCCCCCAGACCCCUUCGGGCAGCAUUGUUACCAGCAACGGCAACAGCACCUUCCCCUUCAACCUAUUCGGUCGCGAUGAGUAG